GUUAAGAAAGCUAAGUGUGUGUGGUUGCACGGAUUGCACUUUCUGUAAAUAUCAUGUUGAGAUGAUGCUGGAGGAGAAAUACGAUGAUCCACCUACGACCCCAGAUACGACGAUAUAUUACACCCCUAAUGCGACCCCAGUGAAGAACACGGGUACGACCUCUGUUAAGGCCCCAGAUACGACCCAAGCUAUGACCAAAGACGAAAGUCCUCAAGCAGCGACUACAGCUUGUGAGGCAGUCAAUGUAGUGUUUUUGCUGUAUUGUAUUAAUUGUGACGAAGUUUUACUUGGUUUCACAAGUGAAAAGCUUGAAUUCUUUGCAGAUCUCAGUUUUGGAUUUCACAGGGACGAAAAAUGUGAACGUGGCAAAAGUCAUGAGAAAAAAUAUGUCAGAUGCAUGAUGAUAGAUCAACAAAUAGAAAAUAGAAAUAUUCAAGAAAAAUCUGCUGGAGAUAAAAAUAAUCAAGAAACAUUUUUUGAAG